GCCUCAGUUCCGCCUGGUUACACUAUUUGUUUUGUAGGUGGAUCAAUCACUAGCAUAAAAUUCCGGCUAAUUUAAUUUUUGAUCCCGGAAAAGUAACGGACUAAACUGUAAGAAUCUUCGUCUUCGUCUUCUGCAAUUGCGCAACCUGUUUUCCAACCGAAAAAUUUCCUUUUCCCCGCUAUUAUUACAGAAGAGCACAUCAGAUCUACUCGUGCGAAAAAUCUUCAAUUUCUUCCUCUGUUAGGCAUGCCGGCGGAUACAUUUAAUCAACUGUAUCUUAUCUGAGGAAAACUCUUCAAAUAUUCCUCGGUCGAAGAACCUACAGACACAACCUUACUUGUUGAUCUGAGGGAUUUGGUUGGCGGUGGCUUUUGGAAGAUGUGGAGUUCGAUAGCGAAUUUGAAGGAGAACUUGAACAAGAUCGCGCUUGACGUGCACGAGGACGAUGACGAGGAGCUUGAGAUUUACGGUUCGAGCAACACAGGCGAUGUGCCGGCCUCUGAUCGUAGACGGUCUCAUAAUUUCGCGCAAUCCAAGCCCGUCUCGCGGUCCCCGGUCACUAAUGGGAUCGAUUUGUCAAUUAAUUACGAGAUUGAACAAUACAAGGCUGAGAUUAAGAGGCUUCAGGAAUCUGAGGCAGAAAUUAAAGCAUUAUCAAUGAAUUAUGCAGCUUUGUUAAAAGAGAAAGAGGAUCAGAUUUGCAGAUUGAACGAAGAGAAUGGCACGUUGAAACAAAACUUAGAUGCAACAAAUGUGGCUCUGAGUGCAGCUAGAACUGAAAAUUCCAAAUUAUCAAGUAAUAGCAUCCAUGUUGCAAAGGGGAGGGGUGAUCAGUCAUCGAAUCGACAGCAGAAACCUACAGGUCAAGUAACAAACCGAAACCAGGUGUCCAAUGGCAUUGUCUGUAAACAGGAUGGAAUAGGCAAUGAUUUGGAUUUGUGGGGGAAGGAAAAGGUAACAGCACCCGACUCUCUGUUCAAGUAUUUAAAACACUGCUUUAUGGUGGACUUUGUGACAACUAAUAUUUGUUUCUGUUGCAUAUUACCGCUGAAAUUACAAGAGGAACACAAGUUGAAUACAUCUUUACAGGAGGAGCUCCACUCACUGAGAGUAUUUAAGGACAAAUACUCAAGAGACGUGAGCAAAAUACAUGAUGAAUUGAAUGAGAAAACAUCAGAAAUAAGACGUUUGCAGAUGGAAUUGAGUAGGCGGGAUGAUGAACAUGCAACUGAUAUCGUGGAAAAUAUGAAGGGUGUAAUUGCAACCUUAGAGAAGGAAAACUAUAAUAUUAAGUUAAAGAAGGAUGAGCUUGAGGCUGCGUUGGAGUUGAGCAGGAACUCCUCAACAGGAAAAGUCUAUCCAGAAGCGCCAGAGAUGCUAACAAAGCAUUCAAGUAGUCAGAAUGGGGAGAUAGAUCUGCCAGGAAGUUUCCCUGGGAAAGAAGAGAUGGAUCUAUCUUUGCAGAGUUUGGAGAAAGAUUUAAAGGAAACACAACGUGAGAGGGAUAAAGCACUGCAACAGUUGAAUCGUCUUAAACAACAUUUGUUAGAAAAGGAAUCUGAGGAGUCAGAGAAAAUGGAUGAGGACAGCAAAAUCAUUGAAGGACUUCGCCGUAAUAAUGAAUAUCAAAGGGCCCAAAUAUUACAAUUGGAGAAAGCUCUAAAUCAAGCAAUUGCGAGUCAGGAAGAAGUUAAGAUAAUCAACAAUGCCGAGAUUCAAAAGUCGAAGGAAAUGAUUGAUGAUCUGAAUAGAAGAUUGACAAAUUGUAUGAGAACAAUUGAUGCUAGAAAUGUUGAACUUCAAAAUCUCCAGACAGCCCUUGGUCAGUAUUAUGCUGAAAUUGAAGCCAAGGAACAUCUUGAACGAGAUUUAGCUUUGGCAAGAGAAGAAUCGGCAAAACUUUCUGAUCUUUUGAAAGAUGCUGAUGAACGUGCAGAGUCAUCAAAAAGAGAACAGGAAGAAAUUUUGGCCAAGUUAUCACAAACUGAAAGGAUGCUAGCUGAAGGGAAAGGUAGAGUAAACAAGCUCGAGGAAGACAAUGGGAAAUUACGCCGUGCUCUUGACCAGAGCAUGACCAGGCUUAAUAGAAUGUCAGUGGAUUCAGAUUAUCUUGUUGACAGGCGAAUAGUGAUCAAAUUACUGGUGACCUACUUCCAGAGAAACCACAGCAAAGAGGUUCUUGAUCUUAUGGUUCGCAUGCUGGGAUUCUCUGAUGAAGACAAACAGAGGAUAGGAAUUGCACAGCAAGGUGCAGGCAAAGGAGUUGUCCGGGGUGUUUUAGGUCUGCCUGGCCGCUUGGUUGGUGGCAUAUUGGGUGGAAAUUCUACAGAUGCACAUGCAAAUAUGUCAUCAGAAAAUCAGUCCUUUUCAGAUUUAUGGGUUGAUUUUCUGCUCAAGGAAACCGAAGAAAGAGAGAAGCGAAAGUCUGGGGAAGAUGGUCAUAAUACCAGCAGUCUAUCAGUGUCGGACAAUAGAACUAGUUCAUCCAAUCAUAGGUUAUCAAGGCCGGGUAUGUCUCCAAGCCCAAACUUUAGUGACUUACCCUCUCGAGGGCAGUUACGGCCAUUUGAACAUUCUGAUUCCGAGUUCUCAACAGUACCACUCUCAUCAUAAGAGAGGAUUUCCCGAAAUUCAAGAUUACUCCAAAAAUAUUGAACUCCUGAACUGUGUAAUUACUUGGCAAAGGUAUAGAUUCUUUGUUAAUGUUGUAGCCAUGGUCAUUGUUUAAUUGAUUCUUUUAUACCUGAAUGAGAAAAGCCUUUGAUGGGGCGUCGCUUUCAAUA